UUCCUCUCACACCCCUCUCCGCGUCUGGAGCUGACCGCUGCUCUCCUCAUGACGGGAGGGUGUGUCCACUCCAUACAGAAGCUUUUAGGAAUGUCAAAGCAGGUUUUUCUGGUCUCCAGUAGAUAUUGAAAAGAGGGACCCGUGGCUCCGUUACUCCAUUCUUUCCUGCAGCGGAUAACGGCAGUGUGAAGAUGGCAGCAUCCACGCAACAGUCGAUGGCGAGUCUGCCCAGCGGAUUCCGCAUCUGUUCCACCGCACCGGACAUCCUCUACAUGCCUGAACUGGUGUGUGGAGGGCUGGUUUGGAUCCUGGUGGCUUCCACACACGUGCAACCCAACAAUCCUCUUGGAUGGGUCAUGUGUGUGUCUGUCUUCUGUUUUGUUACCACUUUUCUCUGGUUCAUCACGUUUGCCUGCGGGGGACACAAGAACAGGGGAAUCUGCUCUUUACUGGACUUUCUUUACCACCUGGUUGCUGCAAUGUUCUACCUGAGUGCCUCUGUCCCUCUGGCCACUGUGACCAUCAACAUGAGAAACGAAACCGCCAUGGCCAUAUAUCCCUUUAACUACUACCAGAUCGACAUUGCGGCAGUGGUAUUCGCCUACCUCGCCACAUUGCUCUACUUCAUCCACUGCAUCCUUUCUGCUUGUCGAUGGAAAUCCUUCUGUUGAGGAAAAACAAAGAAUCGGAAAAGUUGUACAAGCACUACAGAAAGUUAACAUUGGAAAGCUGCUAAGGAUGAGAUAUGAAUCUUAUCCUCCACACCUGAGACUCGAAAUUAUCUUGUGUUUCAUACUAGAGUACUCAGACCUCUUUCUUUUUAAAAAUGACUCUUUCAUAUAUUUGGGAGAAGGGAAACUUUAAGUAUCGAUACGAAGACAAAUGAAGGAAUAGUUUCUGGGUUUUGUAUUCUCACUGUAACUUUGUACUAGAUUAAUCAAUUUUUAUGUAUUUAUCUUUACAACAUACGAUGAACACAAUAUUACAGUAAAAGACCAUGAACUGGACUGUUUACGUUUGAUGCAUUUAACCGUUCAAAGAUGCUGAAUGCAGGCCAGAGAGUAUUCUGGCGCUUGUAUUUGUGAGAUCAGCUUGUAACAAUAGAGUCCACCUAUGAACUUGUAUGGA